AUGACAACAGGUUUGAAAGACUACAAAGACGCACUCGGCCAGUCGCCCACCGCCCCUUCUCUCCGCCGGCUUGAGUCGGGCGGAAGCGAUCUCAGAGGCGUUGCCGGCGAUAUUGUCACAGAAAGAGAGCACCGGGAUCUGCGGAGAGGUCUUGCGCAGAGGCAUAUUUCCAUGAUUGCCUUGGCUGGCUCCAUCGGUACUGGUCUCUUCUUGUCUUUGGGCAGUGCUAUCCAGGAUGCCGGUCCUCUAGGAUCUCUUUUGGGAUAUGGCUUCAUUGGCCUUAUUGUCUGCGCGGUACAAUUCGCGCUGGGAGAAGUCACCGCUCUUUUGCCCGUCAGCGGGUCGUUUGUCAGACAUGCCGAGUUCUUGACUGACCCAGCCUUGGGUUUCGCUUUGGGAUGGAACAUCGUCUAUGGAAACUGGCUCUCGGUUCCCUCCGAGAUUUCCGCCAUCUGUGUUCUGUUCCAGUACUGGACAGACCUCAACUCCUCCGUCUUUAUUGUCAUCUUUAUCGUCCUCACCGCCUUUGUCGGUCUCAUCAACAUACGAUGGUACGGAGAGAUUGAGUUCUUCUUCGCCAUCAUCAAAAUCCUCCUCAUCAUCGGCCUCAUCCUUUUGGGCCUCAUCAUCGACUUGGGAGGUGUAUCGGGGGUGGAGAGGAUCGGUUUCCGAUACUGGAGAAACCCUGGGCCUUUGGUGGAGUACAUGGGUACUGGCAGCUGGGCCCGUUUCCUCGGCUUCUGGUCCGUCAUGAUCGGCGCCGUCUUCUCCUUUGCCGGUGUCGAGAGUGUCGCCAUGGCCGCUGCCGAGACCAAGAACCCUCGUCAAGCCAUCCCCAAAGCCUCCGCCACCUCGCCUUUUGUUCUCGCCGCUUCCGCUGCAGGCAUCAAAGCGAUCCCUUCUAUCGUCAACGCCGUCCUCAUCACUUCCGCUUUCAGCUCUUCCAACCAAGCUCUUUUGGCAGGAACCCGAGUCUUAUACGGUCUCGCCCUCAAGGGUCAAGCCCCGCGCUUCUUCUUGCGUACCAACCGAUGGGGUACGCCAUACGUUUGCGUGGGGAUCUACAUUAUCUUUUCCUUCUUGGCCUUUAUGAGUCUUUCAGAGAACGCCUUGACAGUGUUCUACUGGCUUAUGGACCUUGUCGGAUGUGGCGUGCUCAUCUCGUGGAGCGCUGUUCUGGUAAACCACUUGAGGCUUUUGGCGGCGUUGAAGAAGCAAGAUAUUCCCAGAAGUGUCUUGCCUUGGAGCAACUGGUGGACUCCCUACUCUUCUGCCGUCGCCCUCUUCUUCUGCCUCGUCAUCCUCCUCACCAAUGGCUGGGAAGUCUUCACCCACGGCGGCUGGUCUCCUUCCGGCUUCAUCACGGCUUACCUUGAUAUCCCUCUCGUCCUCGCCGCCUACCUAAUCUGGAAGUUUUACAAAAAGACCGAAUACGUACCCCUCUCCGAAAUCCCCAUUAGGCAGGUGUUGGAGAGUAUCGACGCAGAGCCCGAGGAGAAGGAAGAGAGGCACACAGGAUGGGUGAGGUGGGGUAGCUGGUUGUGGGAUUAA